AUGAAUUCUGUUUAAAAUGAAAGCUCUGAAUUAGAGGAAAAACUAGAUGAAAAUGAACAUUUAACUGAAAAAAAAACAAAACUUGCUUGCAAUUUCUCUUCUGAAUGUAGAUAUUAUGUUUGCUUGUUGUUAGUUUAAAUUAUUGCGAUAUCUGUGAGCUUAACUUUUGGUAUUCUAUUUUAUAUAACACAAAAAGAUGGAGAUAAAAACGAUUACUGCGAAAAUGAAAGUCUUAAAAAAUGGGCUCAUGCAACAAGCAUACUCUUUUUUAUCAGUCUUGGUUAAAUUUUUAUUUUAUACACAUCCGCUUUAUUAUAAGUCAAAUUUAAUUUGGACUAUUUUGGAACAAUUUUAGUUGGAUUUAUAUUCUAUAUAUCUCCAGCUCUUUUUUCUUUAAUUGAAACUGGUUAAUUUGUUUGCUUGAUAGGACUCUAAAUAAAUAACUCUAGCGAUUGUGGUAUCCUUUAUAAAGUUACUUUAGCAUAUUGUAUAAUUUCCUAUAUUUUAAUUGGAUUAGCUGGUCUGAUAACUUUUAUUUAAUAUAUAAAAAAAUGA